UCAAAAUGGCUCCUCAGAAGUGGCCAUAACAUAAGUGAUUGAAUGAGAAUUUAUAAUUUUGUGUAUUUGUAAAGUUCUUAUUGAUUAUGCAUAUAUAUUUAGUAAAUAAAUUAUAAUGAGUGUUAAUAUGAAAUAAUCGAUGAAAAUGGAAGAGAGCCAUAAAGGAAAGCAAUUCUUAGGAGAAGCUGAAGAACAACUCUCACAGUCGAAUCUCCAAUUAUCACCGACCUGCAACUCGUUAAAAAAAUCCCACCUACGAUUCUAUUAUUUGGACCUUCUGGAGGGGGUGAAGCCUGGCCAGCUCUACCUCUUUGGAAAAAUCUACCUUCCAUUAACAAAAAUCUACGCCUCAUGUUGCGUCACCGUGACAAUCCCCAGGAGAUUGUAUCUCCUCCCAAUAUCCCAAUCUUCUCAAUCUAUGAAGGCAGUGAUUGCUGAAUUCAAUAAACAUGUUAUGAAGCAUGGAAUAAAAAAACAAGAUUACACUAUGCAGCUACAAAGAAAGAAAUAUGCAUUUGAUAUUGAGGACAUUCCAACAGUGGCUAAUUAUUUAACAGUCACAUAUCCAGCUUCGUAUCCCGUUAUGCUUCAUUCGGACCACAGUCAAAUCAUCAAACACAUUUUUGGAGCCUCCUUAAACUCGCUCGAGUUAUUUCUUUCGGAAAGAGAGAUUAAAGGCCCCUCUUGGCUUCAGAUUCAAGAUUCAGAGUUUGUUGAGUUAAAAAAAAACGAAACCCGGUGUCAUUAUCAAGUGUCAUGUCCAUCGAUGAACAACAUCACUGUUGUUCGUGAAAAACUGGGAAUUCCACCGAUGGUUUUAACGGAGUUGAACAUUAAAAGUGCACCCAUCAAUGGUGUCGAACAAGUGAUGAUGAUUCACAUGUCAAUUAUGAAGAGUUUCAACAUUUUUGAAAUGUCCACCCAUGACCAAAAACCAACAAUUGUCGAUGAAUAUUGCUUUAUAAGAGGACCAGUGAAUUCCCUCAGUUUGCCACAUCUCACAAAUGAUGGUUUCUCCUUUAGUACGGCGACUUGUCCAUCUAUAAAUGUUGUCACGUGCAAUGGAGAGAAAAAUUUACUUGACACGUUUGUUGACAAAUUCCAAUGCUACGAUCCAGACAUAAUUGUCGGCUAUCAGUGCGAGAAUUCUCUGGAAAAUUUGCUGAAUAGACUUCAACAUUACAAUAAAGCAUGCCCUCAGACGAAAAUUAGCCGAAUUAAGAUGGACGGAUGGAAUAUUUCAUGUAAUAAAUUACGAAAACAGUCAAAUCUAAGAUGCGUUAUCGGCCGCCCCAUAUGCGAUGUCAGAUUAGCUGUCAAUGAAAUCUAUCCAAAGUUGGCUACGUUGUGUAAUGUCGACUUGAUAUGUGCAGAAUUAUUGAAUACCAAUGUAGGCACUAUUAAGCAGAUCGCUUCAUUUCAAGUUUUGGAGUGUUACUCAUCAAUUGAACAAAUUGUUGAAUUUAUUAAUAAUACGAGGCUAGAAAGUCAAUCGAUUAUUAAACUAGUCUACCACAUGAAUAUAAUUCCUCUCGUAAUGGAGGUGACAGCCAUUACUGGUCAUGUAUUAUCACAAUCCUUCACCUUUCCCAAGAAUAUGAGGAAUGAAUUUCUAUUAAUUCAUGCAUUUCACAAAAGAGGCUAUAUUAUUCCAGACAGACGAAUAAUUAAUGUGAAGGAUAAGAAAACUUUCUCGGGAGGUCGGGUAUUAGAGGUUAUUGCAAGGAUGCAUGUCGAUACAACCCUCCUGAUGGACUUUAAAUCUCUUUACCCAAACAUCAUCCGUGAAUACAAUAUCUGCUUUACGACGAUGCCAGGGGUUUGCUUCAAAUCUUUCGACGAAAUUUAUGUGCAAUUGAAUGCCCCAAUGGGAAUCAUCCCUAAACUAGUAGGUGACAUCGUUGAGGCUCGUUCAAAAGCCAAAUGCCACAUGAACACGCCAAAUAUUUCACUAGCUGAAAAGGCUAAAUAUCAGGCACAACAACUAGCUCUCAAAUUAAUAGCUAACACGCUGUACGGAUCCUUUGGUUCCAUCUACUUCAGAUUCUAUGCUAGAAAUAUUGCGGCUAAAAUUACUGCUAAAGGUCGUGAAAUCUUAAUGAAUGCUGUGACAAUGGCGAAAUCAAACACUUUCAGUACAAUUUAUGGAGACACAGACUCUCUCAUAAUUGAUACAAUGCAAAGGGAUCCAACUGAGGCGAGGCGCAUAGCAGGAGUGAUCAAGAAUGUAGUCAAUCAACAAUACCAAUUCAUCGAGUUGGAACUUGAGGCGAUAUAUAAGUAUAUCAUCAUUGUCAACAGGAAGCAAUACACUGGAUUAUCUUUAAUAGAUCUUCCUGAUGGCAAGAGUCAAUUAGUCCUAGAAGGAAAAGGUACUCUUCCUAAAAAAGGGAGCAAUUGUCAACUAGUUAUUUCCAUUGUCGAGCAUGUCACCAAGCAAAUGUUUAAUGAUGAACUUUACCCGAAGAGGCGGAAGAAGGUGGCCGAAUAUCUUCAGAAACUUGCCAAGGAGGCUAACGAAAAUCCCAGUCAAUUCGAAAAUGAUUUGGUGAUUACUCAGAAAGUUGGCUCUCACUCAAAUUUAUGGCUUAGCUGUAAAUCAAACCAUGAGAAAUUGCCUCACGACAACACCGACAACAAAACCAAUAAAGAUGGAAGCAAUUGCAAAUCGGACGAAUCUAUUUCUUACAUAAUUCGCAGCGAUGGAACUUCAAGAUCACCGGAGGAACGAGCUUAUCUCCAAACAGAUGGCAAGCAAUUUCCACCUGAUAUCAACUAUUAUUUUAUUAGUCAACUUAUUCCGAGACUUCAAAAUGUAUUCAGACCAAUGGAUGACUUGAGUUCAAGUUUUUUUGCCAAGCAUUUGGGAUUGAAGGAUCAAUACAACACAAUACCAGGUGUUGAACCCGUUGCAAACGAGGAACAGCAUAAGUCUAUUAAGGUAUGCCCGCUUGCUGAGCCAGUUACAAUUACUUGUAGGAAAUGUGGGGUGGCACAAUCCAUGAAUGGAUUUAUUAGGGAAGGACAAGAAGGGAGGGAUUCAGUUCCAUUUUUGUCGGCAUGCUUAAAUGAUGAGUGUGAUUGUGCUCCUUGGAGGUAUGUUGAUGGAAUUUUAGAGGAUUUGGACUAUGCAAUAGCCAAUUUUUUAGAGGAACACCCUCCCAAGGUCAGGUGUGCAUAUAUCAAAUAUAAAAAGGGAUCAAGUGAAUACAUUGAGUUCAGAUGCAACUACAUUGUUGAUAACAUUGAUGAGAUCCCUGCUACGUGUCCGACGUGUAAUCAUUCUUCCAAGUUUGCAGUAGAUUUGCCUGCGCCACUUGUCUAUGCACGAAUACGUCAACUCCGUGAAUUUUUUAAUGUAAAUGCGCAGAGCAAUUUGGUUAAGGAGAGUCUCACCAAGGAGGUUACUGAUGCUUAUAUAUUUCUCUGGCACGCUCUCGACAGGCUCAUCAAUCGGAGACGAAUGAGCGUUAUUAACAUGAAGAAACUUCAUAGGAGACAUGAGUGAAAUUUUUUUUCUGUUCCCAUAAAUGUAAUAAAAGUGGAUGGUGCAUUUGUUGUUGUUAAAUAACUUGUUAAUAGUAUUGAUUAGGUUACCAUUACGUU